CUGCUGGCUGUACCGCUGCUGCCGCGGCCCACGGUAAAUGUGUUCGUGCCGGGAGACCAGGACAGGGCAAUCCCCGGCCGGGGCUCCCCCGGAUCCCUCUGCCGCCCCGGCCAGCCGUCCCGGUGCGUCGCUGUUUCUGGGCUGUGUUUACCUGCAGUGUGACAGCGGCGGCAGACACAGACCCGUCACCGCCGGCGGCGGCCGGAGCGCGGGUGUUGAGGCGGCCGGCGGCGGCGCGGCCGAGAUCCGCCCGGGUCCCCGAGGGUCCGAGCGGCUCCCGCGGCGGGGCCGCCAGCACGGAGCACGGCAGGAGCGGGCGGCACGCUGGGACCGGGGAAACCUCUCGCGGAACGGACCCCCGGGGCUGGCCCAGUCUAGCUGCCCCCGCCGCUCCGCCCGUCCCCGCCGAGCCGAGCCGGUGCCCGGGAGUGGGGUGGGGCAGGGACAAGCGCCCGCAGCUCCCGGGAGCGACCGCCGGUGAUGCGGGGGGCAGCGCCAAGCACUCGGGCGGGGCUGGGGCACCAGGCUGUGCCCCCCUCGUGCCGGCGGGAGGAGCGGGGCGGCGGGACGCGGCUCCGUGCCCGCGGUCCCUCCCCCCGAGCAGGUCCCUCCCCCUGAGUCGCCACAGCCGCUGCCGUCGCGGCUCCGCUAAAGUUUUCGCCGAGCGCGCCGGACCCAAUCCCCGCCGGUCCCGAGAUGCGUUCGGGAGCCACCGCGAGCCCAGCCCCGACAGCUGUGUCCCAGGAGUGCCCAUGACAAGGCGUCUUGCACAGGGUUGCCCACAUGCCAGGGCCGUCACCACCAGGGUGGAGAAGCUGCUGAGGGCCAGUAGGAAGCCGUGUGCCCUGCGCUGUGUCCCAUGCAUGUGGUCCAGAGGAGGAAUGUCCCAGCCUCGUCUCCUCACCCUCCUGGUGCUGCUGCUCUGCUGCCAGGGUCCCUCUGCCCAGAUCACGGAUUACGUCGUUGAGAAAUGGAAGGAGUACAGCGAGGAGUGCCAGCGCAACAUGAGCCGCCUGCCUGCGCCCACAGAGCUGGUCUGUAACCGCACCUUUGACAAGUUCUCCUGCUGGCCCGACACGAUGCCCAACAGCACAGCCAGUGUGCCCUGCCCCUGGUUCCUGCCCUGGUACCAGAAAGUGAAGCACAGACACGUCUUCAAGACCUGUGGGCCAGACGGACAGUGGGUGACAGGGCCACGGGGACAGUCCCUGCGCGAUGCCACGCAGUGUGAGCAGGAUGACGAGGACCUAAAGGCGCAGGAAAAAUUUGCCAAGACCUAUGGCAGCUUCAAGGUGAUGUACACUGUGGGCUACUCUGUGUCCCUGUGUGCACUGCUGCUUGCCCUGGCCCUGCUGCUGGGCUUCAGCAAGCUGCACUGCAUGAGGAACUACAUCCACAUGAACCUCUUCGCCUCCUUCAUCCUGAAGGGCGUCUCCGUGCUGGUCAUCGACGCCCUGCUCAAGACCCACUACAGCGACAAGAUCGACGGCUACAACGUGCAAGUCUGGCUGAGUGACGAGGCAGCUGCAGGCUGCCGGGCAGCCACGGUCUUCAUGCAGUACGGCAUCGUGGCCAACUACUGCUGGCUGCUGGUGGAAGGCAUUUACCUGCAUAACCUGCUGGUGGUGGCCGUCUUCUCCGAGAGGAGCUACUUCACCCUCUACCUGUGCAUCGGCUGGGGGGCACCCAUGUUGUUCCUCAUUCCCUGGGUCAUUGUGAAGUUCCUCUACGAAAACAUACAGUGCUGGUCCACGAACAACAACAUGGGCUUCUGGUGGAUCCUUCGCUUCCCCGUGUUCCUGGCCAUUCUGAUCAACUUCUUCAUCUUCAUCCGCAUCAUUCAGAUCCUUGUUUCCAAGCUGCGUGCACACCAGAUGCGCUACACUGACUACAAGUUCAGGCUGGCCAGGUCCACGCUGACCCUCAUCCCGCUGCUGGGCAUCCACGAGGUGGUCUUCGCCUUCAUCACAGACGAGCAUGCCCAGGGCACACUGCGCUAUGUCAAACUCUUCUUCGACCUCUUCCUGAGCUCCUUCCAGGGUUUGCUGGUGGCCAUUCUCUACUGCUUCGUCAACAAGGAGGUGCAGGCAGAGCUGCUGAAGCGGUGGCAGCGCUGGAAGCUGGGGAAGGACCUGGCUGAGGAGUACAAGCACACCUACAGCCACGCUCCCAGUGCCCGCAAUGGCGCCGGCAGCACCUGCGAGAAGCACCAGCUGGUGAGUGGCUGCACCAACGGGCUGGGGCGCAGCCUGGCCCCCCAGCCCAGCUCCCAGCGCCUGGAGAGGAGCGGGCGCAGCGCUGCCGAGCACCUCGCCCUGGGGGGCCAUCACCACUGCUAUGAGUUUCCUGAGACCACGGCCGAGAGCCACUUCUGAGCCCGCUGCCAGGAGGGAGGGCUGUGCUGAGCCGCCGGGAUGCCGCCGUGCCCUGCCCCGUCCUCGCCGGGUGCUGGCGGGCACUGGGACCUGCCACCCUGGGGAGGGGCACACGGACAAUGGACACAGUGAGGCAGGCAAGUGGGACCUGGACCUCUGGAAACGGGAACUGUGGGGCCAGGGGGAUCUGUAGGGGUGGGAGUUUGUCCUGUGGUGCUUCCCUCGUGCACCUUCGAGUCCCUGUGCACAGUGCUGUAAUUUAUCUGUCAUAUCUGUAAAUAGGUGUGGGCCCGUGCCGGGCUGCAGGGCCAGCUCUGUGUGUGCCUUGCUGUGGGGACUGGGGACACUGGGGACAUUGGACAUUUGUGGACUAUGCUCCCAAGCACCCCACGGAUGCUCCCAUGCCACAGCCCUGGAUGGGGAGCUGAGUCACCUGGCAGGGAUGUGCUGCUGCAGAAGACAGCCCUGCUGCCUGCCCCACUGCCUGCCCGCAGCCCCGCAGCCCUGCUGCCCCGCUGCCCGCCCCACGCUGCCGCACAGGUGAGGGGGGCAGACAUGCAGCAGCAGCAGCCGCUGCAGCGCUGCCGGCCGGGGCACCAGCUGCCCCAGCACGCGCUUUCCUUUGGCCGCUAAUCGGCUCUGUCCUCUCG